CUAUAUAUCUAUUAGGUUAAAGCCAAAAUAAAUUGUAAACAAAUUCAUAGUGAUAUCUUCAAAUGUCAGGAUGUUUAAUAUUCUUCAAAACCAUAUCAAAUCGUUAGUUCUACUUUCCAUUGCUACUACAGUUAUUGUAAUACUUGUUGUUUAUAUAAUAUUAUCACGUAACGUCGAGACGAAUAAUUCUGAUUUGGAUUUCCCUGAUGGAUUUCUUAUAGGAGCUGGAUCUUCUGCUUUUCAAAUAGAAGGAGCUUGGAAUACCAGUGGAAAAAGUGCAAGUGAAAUGGAUAACCUGUUGCACCAGAAGAACUCAAUCUUUCCAAAUAUUCUAGAUAUUAGUAGUGAUUCUUACCAUCAUUAUUUGGAGGAUGUAAAAGCAUUAAAAUUUAUGGGAAUGAAUGCGUACCGAUUCUCAUUGAGCUGGUCGCGUUUACUUCCAACCGGAUAUGCUAAUAUUGUAAAUCCGGAUGGUGUUCGAUAUUAUCAUUCGCUCUUAGAUGAGCUUGAAAAAAAUCAAAUUCAACCGAUAGUUACAAUUUAUCACUUUGAUCAUCCUUAUUCGUUGGAGAAAUUUGGUGCAUGGACUAAUGAGAAAAUAGUAGAAAUCUUUGCCGAUUACGCGAGAUUUGUAUUUAAAGAGUUUGGUCACCGAGUAAAAAUAUUCUCAACAAUUAAUGAGCCGCGAAUUGUGAGUAUGUUGUACGCUUCCAAUUGGCUGAAAAGUGUGGAUAAGAGAAAUCAUUCGGCUGGUUAUUUGUGUGGGCAUAAUCUUUUAAAAGCGCAUGCUAGAGCUUUUCAUAUUUACGAUGAAGAAUUUCGACCCAAAUAUAAUGGACUUAUUGGGAUAGUUUUGAAUUGUGACUCUAGUUAUACAAUGAAUCCUAACGAUCAUGAAUUAAAUAAUAUAAUGUUUGACUAUAAUUGCGGCUGGUUUGCCAAUCCAAUUUUCUCAAGCACGGGAGAUUAUCCAGAAACUCUAAAGAAACGAGUUGCGGAAAACAGCAAAUUUGAAGGUUUAAGUGAAUCAAGAUUACCAAUUUUCACUGAUGCGUGGAAUGAUUACAUAAGAGGCUCGUCAGAUUAUUUCGGAUUAAAUCAUUAUAAUACGUAUCUUGUCUCACGAUCACCAAAAAUGAACGAAACUAUUUGGCAAGAUGAUAUUGGAAUUAUGAUAACUUAUGAUCCAAGAACUUUUGCAAAAUAUCCACAAAAUUAUACCGUAAGUUAUAUGAGACCGUAUGGUAUAAGAGAGGUAUUGGUAAAAAUAAAAGAUAAUUACAAUAAUCCUCUAGUCCUUAUAACAGAAAGUGGCGUACCAAGUAUGGAUGAUUUACAUGAUUAUUCUAGAAUUAAAUACCUCUACGUAUUUAUGGAACAAGUAUUAUAUGCCAUAAAAAAAGAUAAGUGCAACGUUAAAUCAUACAUUAUUUGGAGUUUAAUUGACGGCUAUGAAUUUUUUUCCAAUUACGUUUAUGGAUUUGGUUUGAUACGCGUUGAUUUCAACGAUCCAAAUCGACGGAGAACUCCUAAGGCAUCGGCUAUGUGGCUGAAAAACGUAAUCGCAAAGAAACGUCUGUACUUCGAUGUUAAUGAACAGUUCGAAAAUGUGAAUUUCUAGAAAAUUAAUGAUAUCUCUCGAUCGAAUUCUUUUCAUUUUUGUUUUGUAUAAGAUUUUUUAUGC